AUGUGGCGAUUUGUUGAUUUGUUGGCGAUAUAUACCAGCUCGGGAGGCGCGCCGAGCAGUGGAGGGCGUUUGAAAGGAGUUCUCCGUGAGAGACAAAUCUGUCUUGUUUAUAUUGGCCUGAACGGCAUAUAUCUCUGCUCAGAAUAUACACGCGGCGGCAUGGACCGUCGUGGAAUUUUGAAUAUGAUUCUAAUCUAUGACCUGGAAAGAUUUUGUCAUAUUUCGAGCUUCCUGAUAGCUCCUCAGCUCGAAAAUCCCACCGUCCCAUUGAGAUCCGCCACCUCUGAAGAUCUAGCCAUCGUCAGAUUUCAGAUCUCGAUUAAUAUUGUGAUAAUGCCUGUCCAUAAUGGAGAUGUCGUAGCAUUGAAGGAUCGUGAAGAGCAAGGGUGGUGGUGUCCUACCCCGUUCUUUAAGCUAAUCCCCAUUCUUCUUUACGACGACGACACAUCGCGACGUGGAGGAUCGCGACGUGGAGUGGCAGACAGCCACACAUUCGGACAACCUAAACUCAGCCCUCCGAGGCGGCGUCGAGAAAUGAGACCCCUCCCUGAGAUUCUCGACGAAACUCGUCCAAUUGCCUCACGUGGCUUGGAUGCAGCCACUCUAUCUGUAUUCGGAGCGCCAAUCCAGAUACCCGUCGCCACCCUUCUCGGCGUCCACUUAAUUGCCUACUUUACCCACAGGUUUCCCGUCCGAACUCUGCUCCAGCGCAUCUUUCAUCUCGGGGACCAUUCGAUGUUUCCCUAUCCCCCGUCCUUGCUUGAGUUUUAG